CCGGGAGCUGUCACUAGGCCCUCCGGCUCCCGGCCUCCGUGUCGCUGCCGCGGUUGCCAGGAGAGCGGCGCCGGCAGGAAGCGGCCGAGCCCCGACAGACUUUUUUUGUAGGUGAUGAUUUUACAUGACUUUGGAAUUUGCCUCUAGUGGGACGCUGUGGGAGGAUGAACACAGAAGAGCUGGAGUUAUUGAGUGACUCCAAAUACAGAAACUAUGUAGCUGCAAUUGAUAAAGCACUAAAGAAUUUUGAAUACUCCAGUGAAUGGGCAGAUUUGAUAUCGGCACUUGGAAAACUUAAUAAGGUUUUACAAAAUAAUGCAAAGUACCAAGUGGUACCCAAAAAGCUGACCAUAGGCAAACGCCUAGCUCAAUGUCUACAUCCAGCAUUACCAGGUGGAGUUCAUCGGAAGGCACUUGAAACAUAUGAAAUUAUCUUCAAAAUCAUUGGACCUAAGCGACUUGCCAAAGAUCUUUUUUUAUAUAGUUCUGGACUAUUUCCUCUUCUUGCAAAUGCUGCCAUGUCGGUGAAACCAACAUUGCUAAGUUUGUAUGAGAUAUAUUAUCUGCCUUUGGGUAAAACAUUGAAGCCUGGUCUACAAGGAUUGCUAACUGGUAUUCUUCCUGGCUUAGAAGAAGGAUCAGAGUACUAUGAGAGAACAAACACAUUAUUGGAAAAGGUUGCUACUGCAGUGGACCAGUCGGCAUUCUACAGUGCCCUCUGGGGUAGCCUUCUAACCAGUCCUGCUGUGCGUUUACCUGGAAUCACGUAUGUUCUUGCCCAUUUGAACAGGAAGCUUUCCAUGGAAGAUCAGCUUUAUAUAAUUGGCAGUGAUAUCGAGCUAAUGGUAGAAGCGGUAAGCACUUCGGUGCAGGAUUCAAGUGUACUGGUACAGAGAAGCACACUGGACCUCAUACUCUUCUGUUUUCCAUUCCACAUGAGUCAGGCCACUCGACCAGACAUGAUAAGGAUCUUGUCAGCAGCCCUGCACGUAGUAUUAAGGAGGGAUAUGUCCCUGAACCGAAGACUUUAUGCCUGGCUUCUCGGUUUUGAUAACAACGGUGCUAUCAUAGGACCCAGAAGCACAAGACACAGCAAUCCUGAAGAACACGCUACUUACUAUUUCACUACCUUUUCAAAAGAGUUGUUGGUUCAGGCAAUGGUGGGGAUCUUACAAGUGAAUGGAUUUGGAGAAGAGAGCACUUUAAUGCAGGAUCUAAAACCUUUUCGUAUUUUAAUCAGUUUACUGGACAAACCUGAGCUAGGACCUGUAAUUCUAGAAGACGUCCUCAUUGAAGUGUUUAGAACAUUAUAUUCUCAGUGUAAAGCAGAAUUGGAUCUUCAGAUGGAACCGCCCUUCAGCAAGGAUCAUGCUCAGUUAAGCAGUAAAUUAAGGGAAAAUAAGAAAACAGCAGAACUGAUUAAAACUGCCAACCUUCUCUUUAAUUCCUUUGAGCCUUAUUAUAUGUGGGAUUAUGUUGCACGUUGGUUUGAAGAAUGUUGUAGGAGGACACAGCAUGCCAGACUUCAGAGUGGGCCUGGAGAUGUUAACGACUCAUCUGAGUUACAGCUGACCAAUUUCUGCUUACUGGUGGAUUUUUUGUUGGAUAUAGUUUCUUUGCCUACUAGAAGUAUGAGGGUGCUGUGUCAGGAGACUUAUAUUGAAAUCCAGACAGAACACUUGCCCCAGUUGCUGCUCAGGAUGAUAUCUGCCCUGACAAGCCACCUCCAGACAUUGCACUUGACUGAACUCACAGAUUCUCUCAGGCUUUGCUCAAAGAUCCUUAGCAAGGUUCAGCCUCCUCUGUUAUCUGCCAGCACUGGAGGUGUGUUGCAGUUUCCAAAUGGGCAGAACAACUCAGUCAAGGAGUGGGAAGACAAAAAGGUAUUAUCAGUUUCUCUUGAAAAUCCUACUGAAGUGUUUGAAGAUGGAGAAAAUCCACCAAGUAGUCACUCCUCAGAGAGUGGAUUCACUGAGUUCAUACAAUAUCAAGCAGACCGAACUGAUGACAUCGAUAGAGAACUGAGUGAGGGACUGGAGGCAGUUGCCAUCCCAAUUGGCAGCACAUCAUCUGAAACAGAAACGGCCUCCACUGUGGGAUCUGAAGAAACUAUCAUCCAGCCCCCUUCCCUAGUCACUCAGGGGACAGCACCCCAAAGUGGGAAGACAGCGCAAAAAACUGCAAUGCAGUGCUGCUUGGAGUAUGUCCAACAGUUUCUCACCAGACUUAUCAACCUCUACAUCAUUCAGAGUAACUCUUUCUCUCAGGCUUUGGCUACAGAGCAUCAAGGGGAUCUUAGUCGAGAGCUAGGAGAGACUUCAGACUGGGACAGGGAUUCCCAUAGUGGUGUAAAAGAGAGAAACAUAAGUAAACAGAAAACUUCAAAAGAAUACCUUUCUGCCUUCCUUGCUGCCUGUCAGCUCUUCCUGGAGUGCUCAAGCUUCCCAGUUUACAUUGCUGAGGGGAACCAUACUUCAGAGUUAUGUUCUGAAAAAUCAGAGACUGACUGGGAGCACGUGCAGCCUCCACUGUGGCUCCAGACGCUGAUGACCGCUUGCCUCCAAGCAAGUGAUUGCAGUGUGCAGAGUGCUGCGAUUUCACUAGUGAUGGAUCUGGUAGGAUUGACUCAGUCGGUGGCCAUGGUCACUGGGGAAAACAUCAACAGUGUGGAGCCUGCACAACCCUUAAGUCCAAACCAGGGAAGAGUAGCUGUGGUUAUUAGACCUCCCCUCACUCCGGGCAAUCUGAGAUAUAUAGCUGAGAAGACUGAAUUUUUCAAGCAUGUAGCUUUAACAUUGUGGAACCAGAUGGGAGAUGGGACACCUCAGCACCACCAGAAGAGUGUGGAACUCUUUUAUCAAUUACAUAACUUGGUUCCUUCUUCUAGCAUCUGUGAGGAUGUUAUAAGUCAGCAGUUGACCCAUAAAGAUAAGAAAAUAAGGAUGGAAGCACAUGCAAAAUUUGCAGUUCUUUGGCAUCUAACGAGGGACCUCCAUAUAAAUAAGUCUUCAUCUUUUGCACGGUCUUUUGACAGGUCACUGUUCAUCAUGUUAGAUAGCCUUAACAGUCUCGAUGGUUCCACCAGCUCUGUGGGACAAGCCUGGCUGAACCAAGUCCUGCAAAGACAUGAUAUUGCAAGAGUUUUGGAACCACUGCUAUUGCUCUUGCUUCAUCCCAAAACUCAGAGGGUUUCAGUGCAGCGGGUACAAGCAGAACGUUAUUGGAAUAAGGCCCCCUGUUAUCCCGGAGAAGAGAAUGACAAGCAUUUCAUGCAAAACUUUUCCUGCAAUAAUGUAAGCCAAGUACAACUCAUUGCAUCGAAAGGAAAUGGUGAAAAGACGCUUACCAUGGAUGAAAUAGAGAACUUCAGUCUUACUGUUAAUCCAUUAAGUGACAGACUGUCCCUUCUAAGUACCAGCAGUGAGACAAUUCCAAUGGUUGUAUCUGAUUUUGAUCUUCCAGACCAACAGAUAGAAAUACUUCAGAGUUCUGACUCUGGAUGUUCUCAGUCCUCUGGUGGGGACAACUUGAGUUACGAAGUUGAUCCUGAAAACGUGAAUGCACAAGAGGAUUCCCAGAUGCCAAACGCAGGCUCCCCAGAUGAUGAUGUUCAGCAGGUAGUCUUUGACCUGAUAUGUAAAGUCGUAAGUGGCCUCGAAGCAGAAUCUGCGUCAGUGCCAUCUCAGUUAGAAAUUGAAGAUAUGCCCCCAAAGGACAACGAUGUAGAUCCAGGUGAGGAGAUGAUUAAAAGUGAAGACCAGUCCGCUCAGCAGAGUCAGAUUGCUUUGCCGAGUAACGAAAAUUCUCGGUUUUUGUCUGUGUCUGCAGAGGAAGGCUGUGAGUGUGUGCCAAAUGGAAUCUCCAGAAAUAGCUCCUCACCUUGUAUUUCAGGAACCACACAGAUUCUCCAUGACUCUUCUGUUGCUGCUACAGAAACCAGAUCUAGACAGAGAAGUCACAGCAGUAUUCAGUUCAGCUUCAAAGAAAAAUUAUCAGAAAAAGUCUCAGAGAAAGAAACAAUUGUUAAGGAGUCAGGUAAACAACCAGGAGCAAAACCUAAAGUAAAACUUGCCAGAAAAAAGGAUGAUGACAAGAAGAAAACUUCAAGUGAGAAACUCAAACAAACCAGUGUUUUCUUUAGUGAUGGUCUGGAUUUAGAGAACUGGUAUAGCUGUGGAGAGGGAGAGAUUUCCGAAAUUGAGAGUGACAUGGGUUCUCCAGGUUCACGGAGAUCUCCCAAUUUCAACAUCCAUCCACUCUAUCAACAUGUGCUUUUGUAUCUGCAGUUGUAUGAUUCAUCAAGGACUCUGUAUGCUUUUUCUGCCAUCAAGGCCAUCUUGAAAACUAACCCCAUUGCUUUUGUAAACGCCAUUUCAACCACGAGUGUAAAUAAUGCAUAUACUCCUCAGCUGUCUCUGCUUCAGAACCUAUUGGCCAGACACCGGAUUUCUGUUAUGGGCAAAGAUUUUUAUAGUCACAUUCCUGUGGACUCGAAUCAUAAUUUCCGGAGUUCUAUGUACAUAGAAAUCCUUAUUUCCCUCUGCUUAUAUUAUAUGCGUAGCCAUUACCCAACUCAUGUCAAGGUCACGUCACAAGAUUUAAUAGGCAAUCGAAACAUGCAGAUGAUGAGCAUCGAAAUUUUGACACUCCUCUUUACUGAGCUGGCAAAAGUCAUCGAAAGCUCUGCGAAAGGUUUCCCUAGUUUUAUCUCUGAUAUGUUAUCUAAGUGCAAAGUUCAGAAAGUGAUUCUUCACUGUUUGCUGUCAUCUAUCUUUAGUGCACAGAAAUGGCACAGUGAAAAGAUGGCAGGUAAGAACAUGGUUGCUGUGGAAGAAGGUUUCUCAGAGGACAGCCUGAUCAAUUUCUCAGAAGAUGAAUUUGACAAUGGCAGCACACUCCAGUCACAGCUUCUUAAAGUGCUUCAGAGGCUCAUUGUUCUAGAACACAGGGUAAUGACUAUCCCUGAAGAGAAUGAAACAGGUUUUGAUUUUGUGGUAUCUGAUCUGGAACACAUCAAUCCCCAUCAGCCCAUGACUUCUCUUCAGUAUUUGCAUGCCCAGCCAAUCACAUCUCAAGGCAUGUUCCUCUGUGCGGUGAUACGAGCUUUACAUCAGCACUGUGCUUGUAAGAUGCACCCACAAUGGAUUGGUUUAAUCACAUCUACUCUGCCUUACAUGGGAAAAGUUCUACAGAGAGUGGUUGUUUCUGUGACACUACAGCUUUGCAGAAAUCUAGAUAACCUAAUUCAACAGUACAAAUAUGAAACAGGAUUAUCUGAUAGUAGGCCUCUGUGGAUGGCAUCAAUUAUUCCACCAGAUAUGAUUCUUACCCUUUUGGAAGGGAUCACAGCCAUUAUCCACUACUGUUUGUUGGACCCCACUACCCAGUAUCACCAACUUUUGGUCAAUGUAGACCAGAAACACCUGUUCGAAGCCCGCAGUGGAAUCCUCUCGAUCCUUCACAUGAUCAUGUCCUCUGUGACACUGCUUUGGAGUGCACUGCAUCAGGCCGAUUCUUCGGAAAAGAUACCCAUUGCUGCAUCCGCCUCUGUUACCACUAUCAAUCUUGGAGCCACAAAGAACUUGAGACAGCAGAUCCUAGAAUUAUUGGGGCCCAUUUCAAUGAAUCAUGGUGUUCACUUUAUGGCUGCCAUCGCCUUUGUAUGGAAUGAAAGAAGACAGAACAAAACCACCACUAGGACCAAGGUUAUUCCUGCAGCCAGUGAAGAACAGCUCUUACUAGUAGAACUGGUUCGUUCAAUCAGUGUCAUGAGAGCAGAAACUGUCAUACAGACGGUGAAGGAAGUUUUAAAGCAGCCGCCAGCCAUAGCCAAGGACAAGAAACAUCUUUCUCUGGAAGUCUGCAUGCUUCAGUUUUUCUAUGCUUACAUUCAAAGAAUUCCAGUGCCCAAUUUAGUGGAUAGCUGGGCAUCAUUGUUGAUACUUCUGAAAGACUCCAUACAAUUGAGCCUUCCAGCCCCAGGGCAGUUUCUUAUACUUGGGGUUUUGAAUGAGUUUAUUAUGAAAAACCCUAGUUUGGAAAAUAAAAAAGACCAAAGAGACCUCCAGGAUGUGACUCAUAAAAUAGUGGAUGCGAUCGGUGCAAUCGCAGGUUCUUCUUUGGAACAGACAACAUGGCUGCGGCGAAAUCUUGAAGUUAAACCUUCUCCCAAAAUAAUGGUAGAUGGAACCAAUUUGGAAUCUGAUGUUGAAGAUAUGUUAUCACCUGCAAUGGAAACCUCAAACAUAACUCCUUCUGUAUAUAGUGUCCAUGCAUUGACAUUACUCUCUGAGGUUUUGGCUCAUCUUUUGGAUAUGGUUUUCUACAGUGAUGAAAAAGAACGGGUUAUUCCUUUACUUGUAAAUAUCAUGCAUUAUGUUGUGCCCUACCUCCGAAAUCACAGUGCACAUAAUGCCCCUAGUUAUCGAGCCUGUGUCCAGCUGCUUAGCAGCCUUAGUGGGUAUCAGUACACACGGAGAGCUUGGAAAAAAGAAGCCUUUGACCUCUUUAUGGAUCCCAGCUUCUUUCAGAUGGAUGCCUCUUGUGUUAAUCAUUGGAGAGCAAUUAUGGACAAUCUGAUGACACAUGAUAAGACGACAUUUAGAGAUUUGAUGACUCGUGUAGCUGUAGCUCAGAGCAGUUCACUUAAUCUCUUUGCAAACCGUGAUGUGGAGCUAGAGCAGAGAGCCAUGCUUCUGAAGAGAUUAGCAUUUGCUAUUUUUAGCAGUGAAAUUGACCAGUAUCAGAAAUAUCUUCCAGAUAUACAAGAGAGAUUGGUUGAGAGUCUCCGUUUGCCCCAGGUGCCAACUCUUCACUCUCAAGUGUUCCUGUUCUUCAGAGUGUUACUUUUAAGAAUGUCUCCACAACACCUUACCUCACUCUGGCCUACCAUGAUCACAGAACUUGUACAGGUAUUUUUACUGAUGGAGCAGGAACUCACUGCUGAUGAAGACAUUUCACGGACUUCAGGCCCCUCUGUGGCUGGUCUGGAGACAACCUACACAGGAGGUAAUGGCUUUUCUACUUCAUAUAACAGCCAGCGGUGGUUAAACCUCUAUCUUUCUGCUUGCAAAUUUUUGGAUCUGGCUCUGGCAUUGCCCUCCGAAAAUCUUCCUCAGUUUCAGAUGUACCGAUGGGCCUUUAUUCCAGAAGCCUCAGAUGAUUCCGGUUUGGAAGUGAGAAGGCAGGGCAUACAUCAACGAGAAUUUAAACCUUAUGUAGUACGACUUGCAAAACUUCUUCGGAAAAGGGCAAAGGACGAGGAGGACUUUAAGACAGUGACAUUGGAGGGACUGGAGAUGGCCAAGCAUCAGAAAAACCCAGAGGAGGACAACUCAGGGAGAGCGCUGGGCUGGGAGCCGGGGCACUUGCUGCUCACCGUCUGCACGGUGCGCAGCCUUGAGCAGCUCCUGCCGUUCUUCAACGUGCUCAGCCAAGUCUUCAACAGCAAAGUCACCAGCCGAUGCGCAGGACACUCAGGGAGCCCCGUCCUCUACUCAAACACCUUCCCGAGCAAGGACAUGAAGCUGGAAAACCACAAACCAUUUUCCAGCAAAGCCAGGCAAAAAAUAGAAGAGAUGGUAGAAAAAGAUUUUCUGGAAGGGGUGAUAAAAACUUGAGCAACAUAGUGGUUCCAUUUAGUUUAAAUGUAAAUGUAAUUAUUUAAAACAAACAUUGCUCUGAGUGGUAUAGUUUCUUUUUGUUUUCUUUUUUUUUUUUUGUAUGUAACGAAACACGUUUCAGGUUGUAUUUAAUUUAAAUAUUUGUAAAUAAGAACGAAUGUCUGACUGUGGCCUGAAUCAAGCUUAAAUAUUACGGGCGCAUAUUGAUUAUGGUGCCUAAGAGAGAUCUAUAUAUACACAAAUAGUCCAUUACGGUCCAUUGUUUUACUGUCCUGAGUUGUCUUAAACCUGCCAAAUACACACUGCACAUUUUUUCUGUUGGUUUCAGGCUUUGUUUAAUUUAGAUUGGUUGGGGAUUUUUUUCUUUACCUUAUUAACCCACAUUCUAGUGUCAGAAAGCCAUCACUUCUCUGUCAGAGGCUUGGUAAUGUAUUACAACUCGUUUCUCCCACAUACCUUCUCCCACAUACCUUCACUAAGAGGAGUAAUGAAUAAUUGAAGCCUGGGCCACACAUCCUUCCUUGUAAGUGUAGCACGAGCAUCUCAACCUCGGUACGGAGUACAGGUGUAUACAGCCUCCAUAGUCACAACUCUAAAUUCCUGGUGAUGUUAACUGAAGAGAGGUAAGUCAUCUAAGAAUUGUUCUGGAGACUCUGCUAUGAAAAAAUUGGUUAUAUGAAGUCUUCUCCAACCUCCUCGCGUUUGUAUUAACAAUGGUGAGUAUUAGUACUGCAAAAUGACUGAGGUGACAAUGACGGAAAAGACAUCAUAUGGAAUUGGUAAUAAAUAAAGUUUAAUUUUCUAGCAGCCUUCGUGAAUUUUUCCUUGCAUAUAUUAUAAAGUUAAUGACUGAAUCAUAUACUUAAGCUCCAAUAGUUUACAUUAGUGUGAUUGAUAUUAGGGGUAAAUUUCAGUUUUUAAAAAAACUAAAUUUUAACAAGUAUAAGGGCUUACCUAUUUCUAAAGAAUGAUUCUGGUAGUGUUUGUUUAAGAAAAAUAAUCAGAUCUAGAAAUAAUCCAGUAAGGUACAGACUAAACAUUUAUGAUUAUGUGUUUGAGCCUGUCACAAUAAUGGCAGUACUAUUAUCCUGUAAAAAGUUUUUAAAAGUCUAGUUUCUAAAAAAUAUAAAAAUUGUCCUCAGAAACCUGGUUGAGGUCUUUCUCCAAUCCCUCCAGCCAGCUGAAAUACUGCCAAGCUCACUUCAUAUGCAAGGCUGUCCGCAUUUUCCUGCAAAUUACAUGAAAGGAUAUUAGAUGAGAAAGACACAGCAUCUACCAGGUUACUUGCAACUUUAGGGGAGGCAGCUUUCUGAUUUUGAUUCACUAACAAACAAAUAUUCAAAUGAGAACUUUUUUUCAUCUUUCAGUAACAAAUUACAAGACCCUCAGAUAAAUGGAAAACAAGUCACAGUCUUCUAAAUCGGUUAAUUUUCAGAAAAGAAGUAAUUUUAAAAUCUCGCUCACACCUUAACUUUGAGCUGUCUGUUUGGAAGAUCUGUAUAGAGGGCGUCCCACUGCUGUACGGUCAAGCCCUUCAGAGCCAAGAUUGCCUCAAUCACCAGCAUGUCAGAAAUAGCAUCACCAGUUGCCUGCAAGAUGCAGAAGCAGAAUACAAGCAGAGCGUGGAUAUGAAUGCUUCUGUCUCAGAAAACCAAUCGCCAUGUCCUGGCUGCCCUCCCCACCCCACCCCCGCCCCCAAUGCAGGUAACUGACGGGGGUAAAUACAAACUACACGAGGGAAAAAGGUAUCCAUGGAAGACGGCAGUAACAGGUCUACCAAGAAUACUGAGACGAGCCUGCCUUUAAUCUUCCUGCUCAUCUGUGAAGUGUAACGAACUCUUAAGGUGCCAGCAUUAACACUGUAUGACUCAAAAUUUUACUUACAACUAGAUCCCUUCUGAGAUACUAUUGCCACGAUGAUGGAAGGCCUCAUGCAUAUGGUAAAGUGGAGAAACAGGAGCUUUGGUGGUAAGAUACACCUAAAGUUGGAUCCAUACUGUGCCACUGAGUCGCUCUAAGUAAGUCUUUGUUUCUUCAUUUAUAAAACAGGAAUUACAGUGACCCCUCUCCCUCUGUUACUGCAAGGAUUACACAGUGAAGUAUGGAAAGUGCCCAAUAUGUGCAGGACCCUCAAAUAUUAGUUCUUUUGCUUUCCGCUGACCUACACUUUGCUCUUCCAUUGCCAUAUUCUCCACUCCAGUCCAAUAAUCUGACCCACAUAUGUGCCUUGUCAGAGACUAUUUUUCCUGAAUUCCCUUGAGAAGGCUGGUUUCAAAACAUAUGCUUAGAUACAUUUAGUAGCUCAAUCUGUUGACUCCAGCUAUAAGCUACUCAUUACUUGAAAAUAUGAAGCACAUAAACAUUGUCACAGCAUUUCAGUAUAAAUCUAAAUUGUUGCAAGGAAGCCGCCACAACUUCUCCACUCUGAUGUUUUAUACAGCACGUUAUUCUGUCCACCUUCUGAAUAAUGUAAAAGUAACCAAGAGUCCACCACCCCCUCAGUUCUGACCUGGUUAAACAAGUCAAUCAUGUUUUCAAGCAUCUUAGCAGCUUUCCUUUUCUUAUCUUCUUCUAAUUCUUUUGCUAGUUGUUUUAUCUUCAUUUCAGCAGCUUUACUAAAUAGAACCUACAAUCAAAGCAUAACAAAAAUCAGAAAACACUAUCCAUGCCCCAGUCUUACGUACCAUCAUCCCAACUAAACUGCUUUUGAAACUCUCCAUGACUCUGGAGAAACUGAGGGGAAAAUGGCAGCCUUAGAAUGUAUGAAAUUAGUAGAAAAGACCAAAUCAGAACUCAGAAGAUAUUACAAGGGGGGUGGGGGGGAGUUCCUUCAUGGAUUAUAAAACUGGGUUAUCAAAAUGUAAAGAUUACAAAUAAAAUAUCCCAUUGGCAAAGGAGAAUGCACAUGGUGAGUUUAUGAUGUUGCCCUCAGCCAGCUGAACCAGUGCUGGGCAACCAGGGUUCCUUAAGCCUUAUCUGUAUCCAUUUUACUUUGAAGAAUAUAACUCACUGCAAUUAGUACAGUUUUCUUGUCCUAAGUUUUUAAGGACAUAAACUAAGCAAAAGUAGAAAAGAGGUUCAUCUUAUAUAUUACAUCAUGGCAAGCAGUGCCAUGGAUGUUUAGUAUAAUAAACAUCAUGUUGCUCAGGAUUCCUGCCCUUCUGACUUGCCUCGCCCAUGCAUGAUUUCAGUGCCUUCGGAGGCCCAACACUAAAGAGGAAAAGCUGCACUACAUUCAGCCACUUGAUGAUAUACAAAGAAGUUUGCUGGUAAACUAAGACGCACACUGGUCACUUGUUUUGUGGAACCACGGCCAUUUCCAUUCAUUUACCCUCCACCAGGAGACCUGAGCAGAUGCGACAUACCUUAUGGCCUGUGAAGACUAAAAUAUUUACUAUCUGCCCUUCAAAAUAAUUUACCAACCCCUGCAUUAGAUCACUGAAGUUAUAUUUUAAUUGCAUUUUCUAGGAACUCGUUUUUCUUCUCAUAUUCAUGACCUCUAGAAGCCAAUUUUGAAUUAAUGAAAAUUAUUUGACCUAGAUAAAAUUUUCUGUUAGCCACUUCAAGUCCAUUUAUGAAAUGAGGCUAUGUAUAAAAAAUUUAAUAAAGAAAUAUUCUGAACGUUAUGAAUAUGCUGAAGACCUGUUAAUACACGGUAAAAUAGUGAACGUUAUGAUACGCAAAUUGUGUCUCAAACCUUUAAAAUUUUCUCUGCUAAGAGCCAUAAAAAACUUUAUAUGCCAAUUCUAAUUACUUUAAACUCAUUUUUAGUUGCUAGUAACUUAACUCUCAACCUUUCCAACACUUUUCAAUUCACCACAGCUACUGAACUUUCCUUUUGCCACGUAUGGCCAGUUGAAGGAAAAUAUUUUAAAUGGGAUGUAUAGACCGUCUGGUUGUAGGAAAAUUAAGAACUGCCAUGUUUCUGAAAAAACUAUAUUAUAGGGACAAAUUAGUAUUCUCUCUUCACACUCGAAGAUCAUUAUAACCUAAAAGAGCCAUAGUUUCACAGAACAUAAUAAUAUAUUAACUAAAUCUUAUUCUACCACCAUCCCAAUCAUUUCAACAAAGUGGAAUAUUACCUAUUACUACCCAGAUACAGAAUUCCAUCACUGGAGAGAGGCGCCAGCUAAAGCCAGAUGCCACUGCUUACGAGAACUUACUGUGCCAUGCCCGUUUGCUUCAAAAUAAACUCCAAUGUCAAAUUCCUGAGCCUUGUGAUGCAGGUGUUUUACACCAGUUUUAGUACAAUAGACAGGUACCUGUAACACACAUGUUUAAAGAAACAACAGCAGUUAUUCAAUCAGCAGAUAUUCACUGUGUACCUCUCAUCCCAGGGAACAAAGCUUCCGGAGCUUAGUCUAGUGAGGAAGACAGCUAAGCAACUGAAAUACUAAGUGUUAAGUGUCACUGCGGGGGAGUGAGAAAAGCAGGGUGAGAGUGUGAGAGGUCCCUUACAAGAUAAUGAAAGAUCCCAAGUUGGGGAGUGACAUGAUGUAAUUGUUUCUGAAAGCUCCGUGUAGCUACAGUGUGGAGAAUGGCUUAGAGCGGGGGGUCUGCAAGCUUUUACUAUAAAGAGCCAGAUAACUAAUAUUUCAGGCUUUGCAGGCCAUGUGGUCUCUGUCACAAUCGCUCGAUUCUGCCACUGUAGUGCGAAAGCAGCCACGGACCAUACAAAAACAAACGAGCACGGCUGUAUUUCAAUAACACUACAAACAGCUGGCCAGCUGGACGUCGCCCACAGGCCACUGUCUGCUAAGCCCUGGCUCAGGUUAGGUGGUUUCUAGGGCUAAUCCCAGUAAGAAAUCACGGUGGUUGGGACAGGAACAGUGGGUAGCGAAAGCCUUGGAUGGAUCUGCGAGACAAGCAUGGCUAAGGAAAGACGGCAGCAAAACUGCAAAAGAGAGCAAGCUCAAAUGAGCCUAGCAUUUAACUGGAUUCAGGGGACCUCAGGAAUGGCUAGUGCUGAAAAUAUUUAACCCAUAAGAGAAUGUGUUGAGAAGGAGUAGCUUCUGAUGUUGUUUCUUCAACAGGGCAUUUUACUAUAAGGAAGUUUUGAGACAGAAAUUAAGAAAAUACUCAUAACCCUAACACAGAAUCCCUAUGAAAGGCAGGCAACUGGGCCCCAGCUGGCGUCCCUUGAGUAAGUUUACUGUGACCAUAUAUUUAAAUCGGGGCACAGACUAGCAGCCUCCAGGUGUGUUUUAUUUGGACUACCCACUGUUUCUUUUAAAUUCUGACUCAGCUGCCAAGACUUAAAAGGCAGGCAAUUCACACAACAACUCAGACUUCCAGCUUCUCCUGAAGAUUGCCCAGAGGGGGCAGCAGCUGGCCUGGCACACCUUCCUAGUCCUCGCCUGCCUGCUGGCUUCGUUCACUGCCCCCAUCCAGAUCCUAAAGGAACCUGACUUUGUCACUCCUGCUUUAACAACAAUAGAAUGGCCACAAAAACUACUAAAAUGCAGACAUUUGAAAAUGGAUACACAAAUGCUGGAAAAUAUUACACUAGCCAGGGAAAAAAAGAAUAAAGGCAAAAAGACCCAACUUGGGCCCUGCAGCCUCUAACUCUUAAAGUGGGUAGCAUGGUACAGAGGCUAGUCACCUACCUGGUGGAUGCUGGGGAAAAAAUCAGAAACAAAAUCUCCCACCAAUCCAGAAAACAUCUCCACAGAAGAAGAAUAAGACAGGCUUUAUUACUGCGUAAGCGUUAAGCCAGACUGUGAUGCACAUCUCAGGCAAUCUGCUAAGAGACGGCGAGACAGGAAGAAAUCCCACCCUUUUGCAGAGCUAAAGAUAGCUAGUGACCAAGAUCUCUCCUCAACCGAACGUGAGGGAGGCUCCUUUGAGCCUGAAUAGGUCCUGUCCUUGGCCGUGUCUGCAAGAGCCCAAUUUUAUCAGGAAUCUUUUGCUAACUCACUUCAGCCAGAAUCCCCCACCCUCAAUAUCUGACCAAAGUCCCUACCCGGUAGCAUCUGAUCACCCAGGCCUGCCUUCAGCAAAACAACGGUUAGGUUGGUUUAGCCAGAAUCCCCCCUAGCCGCCCCCGUCCCUCUUCGUACUUUCCCAUGCACCAACCCCUCCCUCACACCUUAUUCCUUGGCUACAAAAUCCCCACUUUUCCUCGCUGUGUUAGGAGAUGAGCCCAGUCUCUGUUCCCUGCUACAAAACCCCACGGCGAUAUAUCUAUUGAAUAAGCCUACUUCUUAGGAAGACAUCACAGUACCUUCUGUCACACGGAGUUUGUCCUAAAUCUACCCGAUAAGUGGAGUGGCCACUGGCGUUAGCUAACUGCCCUUCUGCAAAGGAAUAAUACAACUUCUCAUCUCUCUCUGUCAAGAAGAUAGGUGUCUGGCUCUAAGUGGUAGCUAGGUGAAACUCUCAGGAGGCUGAGGCACGGGAUGCUAUCUUCCUUGACGUUUAUAUUUCAAAGAGGUGACUCCAGGCCCUUAUGGUAAACACUUCUGAACUGUAAAACUGGCCUAUUUCACCUAAAAAGGUUGAUAUUAAUUUCAAAAGGACAGAGAAAAAAAUUAUAAGUUUUCUAAAAGAAAUACUCUCAGAAAAAAGGGAGGAAAGUCUCUUUCCCUUUUUGCAUUAGGGACAGUUGAACUUUUUCUUAUUUUUGAUUUCUAUUUAUCCUUAAGUAGACAACAGCUCAGCUUCGUGCACUUCAACCUAUUCAUUUUUGUGAGGGCAUUAUUUUCCUCACAGAAGCAUCUUACAAUAGAAGAUAAUGAUGAAGAAGCUACCAGAAAAUGGAAAUGUUUCAAUACCUUCAUAACUUCUUCCAGGUAGCGUGUUGAACUUCCAUUGGCAUAUGCAGUUUGUACGACACCAAGACUCAAACUGUCUCCAAUCUGGACAAAAACAAGGACAAUCAUCAAAAGUAAAGACCCUACAAAAGCAAACCUAUAAUCAGAGUUCUAAAGGAUGACAAAAUUAUCAGCCAGAUCAGCUGUGCCUUAGUUUUAUGCAAUAAACAACUCACCAAAAAUUUACAUGUAUGCCAGAAAAAAAGAUAAAAUACUUUUGAGCAUUAUUUAAAGCAACUGUACAAGGAAUCCUUUUAUUUUUUUUUUUUAAAUCACCUGAUUUCGUUUCUGUUACUCCACGGUUUGUAUCAGGAUUCACCCUUAGUGCUGUAUAUUCUGCGGGCUUGGACAAAUGUAUAAGGACACGUCUCCCUCUUUACAGUAUCAUAUACAGUGUUUUCGGCCCUAAAAAGCCUCGUGCUCCACCUAUUCAUCCCUCAGCACCCACUUCCCCCCAGCCCCUUGCAACCACUGAUCUUUUAACUGUCUCCACGGUCUCUGCGGGAUUUUUUUGCAGAAUAUCAUAUAGUUGGACUCAUGCUAAAAUACACAGCCUUCUCAGAUUGGCUUCCUUCACUUAGUAACAUGCGUUCAAAUUUCCUCCACGUCUUUUCAUGGCUUGAUACAUCUUUUUUUUUUCUUUUUUCCUUCACUGCUGAAUAAUAUUCCAUUGUCUGGAUGGACCACAGUUUAUUCGCCUAUGAAGGACAUCUUGUUUGCUAAGGAAUCCUUUUCAAAGAAACCUGUGGUUUCUUGAUCUCUUUUUCUUUCGUUUUUAAUAAAAGUAUACACUGAAUUCCUAAAGUACACGUUUUCCCGAUUGUGAUAAUUAUCAUUACAUUUUAUACUUACAGCUAACCUGAGAUUUCCAAAAGAGCAUAACAAAGUAAAUCUCACGUUACUAAGCUUAUCAUAAUCGUAGUAAAUAAAUCCCUCAGAGGAGGAGAUUUUCUAUUUAAACUUGAGGCUCUGGGGAAUGAUGUUCGUGGAACCCUCAUUAAAAUGUCAGUUAUGAAGAAACCAAAACUUCGUAAAGCUGCAAAUCAUGAAACUUUUUGCCAGUAUGAAAAAGAAAAGACUGGGCUUCCCUGGUGGCGCAGUGGUUAAGAAUCCGCCUGCCAAUGCAGGGGACACAGGUUCGAGCCCUGGUCCGGGAAGAUCCCACAUGCCGCAGAGCAACUAAACCCACGUGCCACAACUACUGAACCUGCGCUCUACAGCCCUGGAGCCACAACUACUGAGCCCGUGUGCCACAACUACUGAAGCCCGCACGCCUAGAGCCUGUGCUCUGCACGCAACGAGAAGCCACCGCAAUGAGAAGCCUGCGCACUGCAACGAAGAGUAGCCCCCGCUCACCGCAACUAGAGAAAGCCCGCGUGCAGCAACAAAGAUCCAAUGCAGCCAAAAUAAAUAAAUAAAAUUUUUUUUAAAAAAAGAAAAGACUACUCUCUUCAGGUUCCAAACCAGAGCCCCAGUGUUGAAAUGACUGGAAUGACCACUUCUCUGUGUUUUCUGGCCACUUCCCACCAUCAUGCCUCAGACAUUCAAAUGACUGCCUGAUACAGAACAAUCUCCCCAGUGAGUCUUGCUUGAAAGGGCAGUCCGUCCCCGCACCAUACCUCCAACAGGGGUUCCUUAAGGAAACUGCUAAUGAGUGCUGCUAUCUUGUCUCCGUCCACGAGAUGAAACUGACCAUCUGCAUCAUGGUAGUAGUAAAUUAUUCUGUCUGCAUCUCCAUCGAAGGAACAGCAUCUUUCAUUGGACUUCAUUUCGAUUCCUGCCACACAGAAUAAUUCAAAAUGAAUAAUUCAAAUUAAUUGAAUAAUUCAAAUUUCUUCAGUCUAAGAAAGGGGGAUAAAAUUCAGUGUAAAAAGUUUUCGGUUUUUCUCUCACACCAGUUACAAGGGAAAAUUCUUGCGGUUAAGUAUUGAUCGUAAGUGACCUUCUGUGUUACAUGGAAGCACGUCUACUACGACUUUUCAAGAGGUGUUUAAAAUUAUCCUUCCAGGGCUUAAGCAAAAUUAAACAUGUGCUAGGCAAAUAGAGCCUGUCCUUAAGAUUUACAAAAAUCAAAUGUCAGUUGAACAAAGUUUCUCCCAAUUUGUAAACUGAAGCCCAGCUGAAAGGAAUAAAUGUCUUUAUAACUGCAGAUAAAGAACCAUUACUAUCCUUACAUGAUCAAGCAGCGGGUACAAUCAAAUAUAAAUAAUUGGAGUGUUUUGUCAUUGAGGAGAAUCCUGAUCAUUUCUCCUGUCUGAAGCGCUACAUAAACAUAUGUAAUUGUUUCUGUACCUGAAUGGAGAUAAUAGCUUCAAAAUCAAGGGAAGAGGAUUCAUUUAAAUGGAAAGGAAACAACAUAAAAAUAAUUAUCCUUCCAAACAAAAACCAAUGUCGUAAGCUUUAAAUAGUAUACAGGUUUACUGUAUACAGGGCGAACUCUUUCACAGCUAAGUGAAAAAAGAGCAUUCACAAUCUAUCUAAGCUGAAACCCGAUAUGAUACUAAAAUAAAAUUCCAUUUUACAAGCCAGAGGUCUGGCAAUACUGAUUCCCACAUAGUGUUUUGAGAGCUACACGUAUUGAAUUGAAUGCAAUUUCCCUAGCACCACAAUGUCCUUUCUCAUACAAAAAAUAACCAGCAGUAGAUGAGGUAUGUGCUUGAAUCCUGAAAAAAGGGAUUUUUAUUUGUUAACACCAUCAAUAACAAGAAACACUGGUCAUUAAGAGCAAAGGAUUAUAACCUGUGAGAGACCAAUGGCUUGUGUAACUUGUGUAAAGUUACUGAAACCUCAACAGCUGUGUCACAUCAAAUCUUAGACAAUGUGGCUGUUCCUUUGCCAUGACAGCAGCGGAUGGACAAACCCACCCCAGACCUACAGAGACUGAAACCCUCGGACAGAGCCCAGGAAUCCGUGUGCGGACCAGCCCUCCAGGUGAUUCUGAUGCCUGCUAAAGCUUGAGAGCACGGCUCUAGAAUCCCACCUUGAUUUUGCUUUCUCCACCAGAUUUCCUGCGCCCUGUGAGGAGUGCUGUGACUUGCAGGCAGAGAGCAGCCUGUGCUCCAUGUGGUACCGAAGAGCGGGAAGAGGCCCGGAUGUGUAACGGCGGCAGGGCCAGGUCCAGCUCACCUGGCCAGCUCUGUUUGUGAGACUGGUUUCAGGGAGAGCGCGAAAAACACAUCUUUCACAUACCCUGAGGAGGUUUCUGAUGACUUUUCACAAAGUCAGCCCCACAUAAAUGAUUGAGCUUCCCUUUGGUCCCAUCGUUAAACAGCUGCACUGACAGCCCCUGGGAGAAGUAGUGUUUCAUUUCUCUCAGCUUCAGGGCCCCUAUGCCGUUCGCACAGUCAACCUUAAGUGUUCUUUGGCCAUCUCCACUGCAGGAGGCCUGAAAAGGAAAAGACAUACGCAAGAAAAAUUUCAAGUUGUAACAGUGAAGCAUGGCAUAUACAUGUAUAUAUAAACAUCUUCCAUUAUUUCAGUUAUAACUCGUCUGUUUUAACCCAGGAAACAAAAGGGUACACACAUUCAGAUGAAAAUUGUAAAACACCAAAGUAAAAUGUUAAAACACCUUUUUUCGGACACAGACACUGGAACAGUUGCGUUGACUGAAUAAAUGAUGGAAAUGAAGCUGUAUUAGAAUUUAGCCUCCAUGAAGCAAGGUCUCUUACAAUAUUAUAGUCUGUAUUACACGGCAGGCAUUCAAAUACGGGCAUGAGUACACAGAUGAGUGAGCAGUCAUAACAUCCGUCCUUCUCUUCAGAGCAUAUUACACCACCGGGCACGUCUGGCUUUUUUCCUGUCAGUCUCCUCUCCUACCCAUCUCACCCCAGAAUGUAAGUUCUCUGAGAGCAAAGGCUUGGUUUUGUUUAACUAUGCCUGACAAUGACAUACAUCGAUAUUUGCCAAUCAAAUGAAUUACACCCCUCAAAUCUCGUUCAGGUUUAGGAAGCUAAUUCACCUCGAAGAAAGGCUUUCUCAACAGUAGGUGCCUCAAGUAUGACACCAACAGCACCUGCAGUAACUCUAAGACCAAAUUCCUCUGAAUGAACACAACGAUAACCGCAAGUACACCACUCUUCUCCCCCGGGGAGCUCAGAACAUAUUACACGCCUUGCCGGGUAAACGCCAACAAAGAGUUAGCAGGAUACAAGGCCCAGACCUUGCAGAGCGCUAAAAAGAAAAAGAAGACACGCCACAUUUUUGGAAGAGGAGGAGGGGUAACAAAUAUCUAAUUAAAAUAAACUGUUCAACUGAUGUUAUUUUGGUCAUCUGCUUAAACUCUAACCACGUUCAAGAGAUUUUCACCUGUUUGGUAAGUUCCACAAAGGCUGCAGAGAGUUUCUGGUAGUAACCUUCUGUGGUUGCCUUUCCAUACUGGCCACUGGUGUUUCGACAGUACACCAUGUAGUGCAGCUGGGGCGUCGUCAACAAGCCAUAAUCUGUCACAGAAAUACAAAAAGCAAUUUACCACAUUCCUUAAGAAAGAAGAAAAGUUUAGGACUCAUACUGUGUGAAUUUCAGGGUGACAAAUCCUCUUCAAAAAAAGACAUCUCGGGCGUCCCUGGUGGCGCAGUGAUUGGGAGUCCGCCUGCCGAUGCAGGGGACACGGGUUCGUGCCCCGGUCCGGGAGGAUCCCACAUGCCGCGGAGCGGCUGGGCUGAGCCUGUGCGACCGGAGCCUGUGCUCCGCAACGGGAGAGGCCACAACAGUGAGAGGCCCGCGUACGGCAAAAAAAAAAAAAAAAGAA